AUGCCUACAUCUUCUAUUGCUUCCAAAGAUAAAGACCUUCAUAAGAGUCCCUCUGUUUUAAAACUUCUAGGAAAAAGAAUACUGAAUGCAAAUAAACAUCCAGAACCGUCAUACAACGUUAUCGCAAGUGGUAACUCCAUUGCCCCAUCAAGGAAAAAGUCGUUUUCCUCCCACGCAAUUAAUAGUCCAAAUAACAAUACUUCAACUCAGUCCCAUAUCCCUCAUGGAACCAGCCCCACAUCAAAUAUCGGUGUCUCCAACCUCAAUUCUAACUCCCCUAUCUCUAACGUUAAAAGAGAUGCAGAGAGUACUGCCCGUCACAGAUCACCCUCCUUUGUGACUAGGCUAAGAAACGCCAAUAAAGAAGUUAACCAUGUCCAUGUAGUACAUUCUUCUGUGGCCUUGGCCGAUUUGACUGCGCACAACAUAAACCCAUUCGUUAUGACCCCGUUGCAUGAUGAAAAGGAUACUAAUACUACUACUAGCGACGAAAGACCAUUAACCAAUAGAGCAACUGUAGCAGAGAUCCACAGAGCCAAAUCAAUUAGUACCAAAAAGAAUCCUGGCGCUCCAUAUACACAUCAUUUAGCCACACCAGCAAGAUCAAAAACUUUUGUCUCUCAUUCAAAUACCACUACUACUACUACUAAUAAUAGCAACAACAACAACAAUGGUAAAAUUAUGACAUGUACAAGUAUACACAAUUUGCCGUCUGAAAAAGUUAUCUACAACCCAUAUGGUAUCAACAGUAGACCAGGCACUGCCUUUGGAAAUGAGGGGAAGGCGGAUGAUCUAAGUUUCUAUUUACAUGACGGUAAUUCCAAGAUUAGAAUGUUACCAUUACCCAUCGAGGAUCCAAACAGUUAUUUACCUGACCACAUGAAACAAUUUAGUGUUCAUUUAACUGAUAACUUCGUCUUCGACGCAGACAAUAGCCCUAUUGGUUCAGGUGGGUCCAGCGAAGUUAGAAAGAUCAGAUCUUCAUAUAGACAGAAGGAUGUCUAUGCUUUGAAAAAACUAAAUAUGAUCUACGACGAAACACCAGAAAAAUUCUACAAGAGAUGUUCUAAAGAGUUCAUUAUUGCUAAGACUUUGUCGAAUAACAUUCAUAUCAUGCCAACUUUUCUUUUAGUAAAAGUUCCUACAACAACCUAUACGACUAGAGGCUGGGGUUUUGUUAUGGAACUGGGUGUCAAAGAUCUUUUCGAAUUAAUAGAGAGAACUGGCUGGAAGGCUGUUCCUAUCAAUGAAAAAUGGUGUUUAUUCAAACAGGUCGCACAAGGUGUGAAAUUCUGUCAUGAUAACGGUAUUGCACAUCGUGAUUUAAAGCCAGAAAACGUGUUAAUAACGAGAGAUGGGGUCUGUAAAUUGACAGAUUUUGGUAUCUCUGAUUGGUAUCAUACAGACCCUCAUGAUUUCUCAUCUCCAGUGAAACUAUGUGAAGGUAUGAUUGGCUCGCCACCUUUUACUCCACCUGAAGUCAUGUAUUGGGAUACCAAAAAACAUUAUCCAGAAAAAUUCCAAAAACCUUAUAACCCAUUAGGUAUGGAUUGCUACGCAUUGGGUAUUAUGCUUUUCACUUUGAUUAACGGUACAAUCCCUUUUAUCGAAUCAUGUAACACAGAUGCAAGAUUUAGAGAAUUUGAGGCUUCUUAUGAAAAUUAUGUUUCACACCAGAACCCACAUUUCAGAGACAAGAAUUAUUAUAAACCUGGUCCAGGCAGUGAAUUUUCAUUAUCGAGGCAUUUCAAAUCUACAAAUGGUACACGUAUUGCGUGGAGAUUGUCUGACCCAAACCCAGAGACAAGGUACACUCUAGAAGACUUGUUCAAUGAUCCAUGGUUCCAAGCUGUAGAGACUUGUGUUGAUCCUGACGGUGCAAAUUGUACAUUAACAAAAGUCCCAGAGAUCAGGAAAGCUACUUCUGCGGACGGUACAAUUUUAACAAAUGAAAAUGACAGUAUUAUUACUAAUAGUUCUACAGAUGAUAUUGGUUCAACUCAUACAAUGAAAAUUCAAUCUCCUGUUGCACAACAUACAUCGAACCCAUUUUUUAAUAUGAAACAGACAACUGAUAACUCAAGCACUACUAGUCCUAUAUCCAAUACAAACAGUUCACCACAACCCCCAACAAUUAAACCAAGGUCAAUGGUUGACAUUGCCACAUCUCCAAUGAAACCCAUCAAAAAUGUGGUUAAAAAGAGCGACAGUGAUUCAGCAAAGAAAAAAGGUGGUUCAAAUUUGUCCAAUGAAAUACAAACAUCUGCUAGUGCUCACCCAUCUAGAAGUUCCACUACUACACCAUGUAGUAAAGAUAUGUUGUAUUCUGUGCCAGAAACAGAGUUGGAACAUGAUAUUACUGAAACAACAUUAAUUAAUGGUGGUAAGGGGGCUGUGCAGGAUAAUAAUAGCAAAGUAAAUAAUCAAGAAGACUCAGUAAUAGGAAACAGAAAGACAAAUCUAGAGGCACAAAAAGUAGAUAAUAUUAUUACUGAAAAUUUGAAUGAUUUAACUUUAAAGAGUCCAGGUAGUGGUAAUAGUAUUGGUAGUGAAGCAAGCAGUUUGGCCCAGACUCCUGUGAAUAGUAUUUCUUCCAUGUCAGUAGCUAGAAAUGGCACACCUCAAAAGAGAAGAUCAGUUGUUCAUCACCAUUUAGAUAUACCUGGUAGUAUUACCACGGGCACUUCAAUGACUUUAAGAUCUCUAAUAUCUGGUUGA